AUGUUGCCUCCAGCUAGUGGGACAGGCAUUUUCGUCAACAGCAGUGAAAAGGUUAUCCGACUGUUGAGGCAAGGCUGCACGAACAGACCUUUUUUCCACAUUAGAAGAAAAAAUCAGCAUAGACCAGUUAUCGAGCAAUUGGGGACCUUUGAUCCCAUGCCGAAUGAACACAAUGAAAAGCUGACUUCCUUGAAUUAUGAAAGGAUUAGGUAUUGGAUUGGAAAUGGGGCUCAUGUUUCCCAACCUGUUGAACAAUUAUUAGGACUAGCAGGCUUUUUUCCAAUUCAUCCUACAAGCUACAUGACUGCUUGGAGAAAUAGAAGAGCUACAAAGGAGAAUCAAGAAAAAUCAAUCAGUGUAGAAGCAGAUGAUAAAAAUGAAGUUAAACAAUAG